AGUUGUCUUGUUUUGGUAUCUUGUCAUUCUAGUGAUUGUUGUAAAUUGUGUAAUAGCUGUGGAAUUUAUUGUAAAAAAUGUUAUUAUGCGUAAAUAAACUUUAAAAAAUGGGUGCUAAGGAUUCGAAAAGGAGUUGCUUAAGCUACGACGAUGCAGUUAAACGAAUGUCCGAUGCCGAAUACAGGCGAGUAUGUGCAACCUUCAAAAGACUUACCAAUGGCGGACAAUGGUUGAGUCGACACGCUUUUACUCAGAACGUACUAGGCGAAGGUGUACCAUCAACUAUAGCAGAUUGGCUGUACACUGCGUGCGGAGGUACUGCCAGAGGUACAUCUCUAAGAGAUCUCAUUUGUGGACUCGUUUUGCUUACCAAGGGUACCCAGGAAGAAAAAAUCAAAUUUUUGUGGACUCUCUAUUGUAACGACUCAGCUACGUAUCUAACAAGAAGUGAAUUUAAGACUGCUUUACAAAUAGAAGGGGGUUUGUCCCUUACAGAAAAUAAAAUAAAUGUCACCUGGGAACGUACUGUCCAAUCGCUUUUUAGUAAUCAGGAUAAAGUUAGUUUUGAUGAUUUUAAGGCAUGGAUAUUAUAUAAUCAAGAAUGUACCGUACUAUCAAAAUGGCUGUUGGCUAAUCCUUGUGUAUCAUUAAGCUCUGAACUGGAAACACCAACAUUUUACCAAACUUUGGCUGGGGUAACUCAUUUGGAGGAACAAGAUAUUUGUGAAUUAGAAAAAUGUUUUUGGGCUUUACAAUCAUCUUCAGCUACCUCUAAUUUGGAUUUUAAUUGCUUAAAAUCUCGAGUAUGUCCACCUGUACCUUUGAAAGCUUGUAAAGGAUUAUUCUUGGCGUUAGACGUAAAUAGAGAUGAUCAUGUGGAUUUUAAAGAAUUGUGCUGUGGUAUAUCGGCCGCAUGUAGAGGACCAAUGGUCGAGAGAAUGAAAUUUUGUUUUAAAAUAUUCGAUAUGGAUAGAGAUUCUUACCUAAAUUCCGAAGAAGUCCAACAUAUGACACAAACUUUAAUAAUAGUAGCUAAUGAAAACAAAUUAACUUAUUUUCAACAAUUUCAUUCGGAAUCUCCACCGAAACAACAGGAUCUACUCACCGAUACGACGCCAAUUUCAAAGUCUGAUAGUGGAGAUAUGCAUCAAGAAAUAUUAGCUUGUCUCCAAUCGAAGUUAGAUAAUAAAGGAGGUUUAGCGCAGGAGGAUUUUUUAGUUUGGAGCGUGGAAAAUAACAGUUUGGUGGCACCUUUGUUGGAAUUGUUGUUUCAAGUUUGUCAUGUAUCCCUAGGACUCAGACCUCAUUGCAGACACAAUGAAUACGAGAUAGUGAUGGGUUGGUUGGAGAGAGAGCAACGUCGCGGUUUCCACGUAGGUCAAUUUUGGUAUCUCAUUUCUUCUGAUUGGUGGCAACAAUGGUUAAAUUAUACUUCUGCACCUCGUAGUAAUCUCGAUAUAUGUAAUUGUCGUAAUGAAAAUAGAAUACCCAUCGAAGAAGGAAUAGCGUGUGAUGAAAGCCUUAUAAGUAAUACCACUGAUUAUACGUCAACAUCUAACGAUUUUAAUUCUAACAGUAUGGAAUCAAUGGGGGAUCUACUCACCCGUGGAGGUGACAGGUGCAGUAUUUCUUCCAGUUCUGGAGUAUCCAGUAGUUCGGGUACGGGACCUAAGAGAAGUUUAGGACAACCAGGACCAAUAGACAAUUCCAAUUUAAUAGCAGAAUCAUUCUAUAAAGUUUCAACUUUAACUGGAGAAGGUGGGCGACUAAAGCGUGAUGUACCUUUGGCAGAACAUAGAGAUUUCGAAUUAGUUCCGGAAUCUUUGUGGAAAGCUCUUUCCAUGUGGUACGGAGGUCCAGUACCUCUUCCUCGGCAAGUUAUCCUGCCACCGGGACGAUCCGAUGUCGAACUCGAAUUUUAUCCCAGAACAUUGAAAAUACUCAGACAUCAUGCUCAACAAAGGAUCAGCACAGCUUCUUGGAGCAGUGUAGUAGGCGGAUAUGGGGCGGCCGCUUUAAGCACGGCAGGUUUAACUUCCGCUGUAAAUGCCAGUCCGAGACGUUAUUUGGCCCAUACGGCAGCGUUUUCUAGAUUGGCUACUAUACAACAAGUAACCGAAUUUUUGUGCCAUCGCUUAAACCUUAGAAUCGAAGAUGCCAGAUUAUGGUUGCUCAAAGAAAAUUCCACGAGACUUUUGGACGACGAUAUUGCAUCUUUGGAGGAACUGGGAAUUGUAGAUGGGGAACAAGUAUUAUUAGAAGUCAGAAAUAAAGAUCAAACGUGGCCUGAGGAAUUGGGACAGUUGGUAGCUGGUGGAGGACACGAAGUUGGUCUUAGUGUCGAAAGAAGACCCACUAUUUUUUUACCAGAAGGUGCUACCGGCCUUCACAAUUUAGGAAAUACUUGUUUUAUGAACGCAGCUUUGCAAGCAGUAUCUAAUACUAGACCUUUAACGCUUUAUUUUAGAAGGGAUAAUAUGUUGUCUGAAUUGAACGUUACGAAUCCAUCAGGAUCAAAAGGGGCCGUAGCUAAAAGAUACGCGGAACUCGUUAAAGAAUUGUGGGCGGGUUCCACGAGAAGCGUAGCGCCGCUUAAACUGCGGUACUUGGUUACCAAACAUUCGCCAAAUUUUCAAGACGGUGGCCAACAUGAUUCACAAGAGCUGUUGGCUUGGUUAUUGGAUGCUCUUCACGAAGAUUUGAAUAGGGUAGCAGUUAAACAAUACACAGAACUAAAAGAUAGUAAUGGUAGACCUGAUGAAAUUGUGGCGGAAGAAGCUUGGGAGCAACAUUUAUCUAGGGAUCAUUCUAUCAUUACCGAUUUAUUUUAUGGUCAACUUAAAAGCAAAGUAACAUGUCAGACAUGCGGACACGAAUCUGUACGUUUCGAUGUAUUUAAUGUACUCAGCCUUCCGUUACCUAUGGAAAGUUACACGUUAUGUGAAGUUUUGGUUGUUCAGCUGAAUGGCGAAUGCUCAAUAAAAUAUGGCAUGCGUCUUCAAUCUGAAGCCAAAUAUUUGGAUCUUAAAGAACAUCUGUCCAACAUCUGUGGAAUAAAACCGGAAAGAUUAUUGGUUGCAGAAGUAGCUUUUAGUCAGAUAUGCAACAUUCCCGCAGACGAUGCUAAAAUAAACCCCACGACCGCCAUGGAGCUGUACGCCUAUGAGCUACCGGAAACGACCGAAGUAGUACCAAAGGCAGAAAUAGAGAUCGAACCAGACGUGGAGGUGGAAAUAUGUGAUAGUCCUUUGGCAAGAAGUCCCGAGGUAAGCCACGGUUCGGCCCUAUGCAUGCCCAACAUUCUAUGCUUCAAGAACAACAGAUCUAAACAGGAAAACGUGGAACCUAGGAUAAGCAAUAUAUCUUAUAAAAAAUCCUCAAUAUCUGUACAUUCUGAUACAUCUACUGCCUCAGCUUCCUCCGAUUCGAAACGCAAGUGUCCUUCUUAUCUUAUUGCUGUUCAUAGAAAAUGCGUCCGACAAGAUACUUACUUCUUAUCGCAACAAAAAACCAAACCCAGUUUAUUCGGGAUGCCGCUACUUUUAGGAUUCGACGAUAAAACUACCUGUCAAAGCUUAUACGAAGGUGUCUGGAAUCAAGUGACGAGACUAUUAAGCCCUUUACCACAAAGUGACCAACCCAAUCAUGCAACCGACUGUGAUGACUCUCUAGGUUACGAAUUUCCGUUUACGUUAAAGGCCGUCCUACAAGGUGGUCAAAUAUGCGCCUUAUGUCACUGGACGCAAUUCUGUAGGGGUUGUAUCAUCCCCUGUUCAGAAGAACUAGUAAUAAACAUGUGUGGAUCCAGUUUGAACAGCAUGUGUAUCUCAAUCGACUGGGAUCAUACAGCACUCCAUUUACGAUAUCAGACAAGCCGAGAGAAGAUGUGGUUGGAGCAUGAAUCGGUGGCAACAUGUAGAAAAUUGCAUGCCGAACCAAUUGAUUUAGACUAUUGUCUUAGAGCUUUUACUUCAGAAGAAAGAUUGGAGGCAAAAUAUCAUUGUAGUAGCUGUCAGAAUCUUCAACCUGCCACUAAAAAAAUGCAAAUUUGGAGGUUGCCACCUAUUCUAAUCAUCCAUUUGAAACGAUUCGUUUACGUCAAUAGAAAGUGGGUGAAAACUCAAAAAGUAGUCAAUUUUCCUUUCAAGAAUUUCGAUCCCACUGCAUACCUAGCAUCAGUUCCUCAAGAAACGAUCCUCAGACAUCGACAGAUCUUGGAAAAGCAACACGAAGAAUUAGAAAAAUCAACUGACGCUCAACCAGAAAGAAUCGUAGAAGAAAACGAAGAAUCGGGUGGUGAAAUAAAGUGUUAUCCGGACGACAAGUGUAAAGGACAAUGCUCUAAAGACUCUAACUCUCCUUUGGAAAGUUGUAAAUUGUUACAUGAUAGUGAUAAAGGGAUAAGUAGAGUGGGGGAGAGGAUAAAUAAGGGUAGGGCGAGAUUGGAAUCCACUAGUCUAUUGAAAACGCCCAUAAUAGAUGAACACCUCAAGGACUAUCAUAGGCAUCAGUUAAAAAUAGGACAGGAUGCUUUUGAUCUCAAGUAUCAGCUAUAUGCUGCUGUGUGUCAUUCUGGGAUGCUGAAUGGUGGUCAUUAUGUCUCUUACGCCUGCAAUCCUAACGGCAAUUGGUACUGCUACAACGAUAGUUCUUGUCGUGAAGUCCUUCCCGAUCCUGAAAUCAACAGCAAUAAAUCGACAAUUUCCCUCAAUUCACGACCCUCCUCUUGUACCCCACUAGCUAAAAAGAAAAAUGUUAGAAAACUAAGCUCCGAUAGUGUAGCCUUUGAAGAUUUAGAUAAAAAAGAAAAUUCAGGUUCGGUAGAAACAUUGAAUAGUUCCAGAUCGAAUUCGAUGAGUUCCGUUGAUAAAUUAGGAACAAAUUUGGACAAUUACAACGAAAAAUUGUUGGGAGAUUCGCAAUAUAGCAGUAGGAAGUCUUUGAAUAAUUUUAAAUGUCCUUAUCGAGAUGUGAAGAUACCGAAGAUAGACACUAGUACCGCAUAUAUUUUGUUUUAUGAAAGAUCUGGUUUGGAUUAUGACCCGUAUCUACCAAAGGUGGUUCCUAACGGCAAGCAAGUGCCUAUUGAAGACCUCGACGAAACUGAUGCCGAAUUAAGAAAGCAAGCAUGUUCGAUUCAGUAACCCGGGGUUUUUAUGAGAAAAGCUCUGGUAGUUCAAUUUUAAGUUUGUUAAUCUGGUUGGAAAAAAAAAGUUUCCCGUAACAAAAAAAUGGAAGUCAUAAAUUUUUGUUUACAAUGUUAAUAUUUGCUAGUUUUUGUACAUUUCUUAAAAUCAGGUACAAGUUUAUUAUUUAUUACCAUUAAUUAAAAACAAUUAUUGAUCAAUUUAAUCAACACAAUGUGUGAUUUCAAAUGUGUUGUUUCCUUCAUCAAGUCUAGUUAUAAAGGUAUAAAUGACAAAAAUGUAUAAAUUAAAGUUAAUGUUCAAAUAAUUCACCCCAAAUAUUGAUAGAAACAAAAAAUGAUAAUUUUUUGUUGUAAUUUAUCUGAUAAAAUUUCAAUUAGUAUACAUAAAACAUAUGAAAAUACAAAACUUCAAGUGACCUAUUCUCAUCUUACUUAUUUAAUACAUUAUUUUUGCAAAACUAAAGGUUAUGAUAAUCAUUUAUCUAUUCAUCACGAAUUAUUGUCAUUUACACCUGUAUCUCUUCAUUUGUUUUCUGUGAAAUUUACUUAUUUUCUAAAUACCUUCAACGUAUAAAGUACAUUUGAUAUUCUAUUUUGUUUUCUGGAUUAGAAUAUAUAAAAAUUUUUAUUUUCCAAAAAUAAAAAUUCUAAAUGAUAUAUAAGGUUGGGAGCUAAAUAUCUGACCUUUUUUUUAAAUUUAUGGGUUAUACUUGUUGGUUUUAUUGAUUUUUGUUAAUGGCAAAGAGUUUUAAUUUAAAAAUAAGUUUAGUACUACAAUAAAAUCUCGGUAAGAUGAAAAAUAAUUACAAGCCGUUUUAGGCUUGAAAAUAUUUUUGUAAAUCCAUGUGAUAACACGAUUCAACAUUCCAAAUUAUUAUGCAUACAAAGCAGGAAAAUAUAUAUUUUGGAAAUACCGAAAUAUAUCGAUGAAACCUAUGGCAAUAAUCUAAUAAAAUCAAACAAAAACAUUGUGGUGGAACCCCAAUGUUCAUAUUGAAAUCUAAUAAUUUUAUUUUUGGUUUUUAAUUAACAUUGCAAAAAUUUAUUCAGUGCUUUAUUAAUUUUUUAAAACUCUGUUGCCUAUUUGUUACAUUUAUUAUAGUUGAAAGAACUGUUAGUUAUUUUUAUAUUUACCACAAUAGUGGUGUUAUAUUUUUACUAUUCAGUUUAUUUAAAGGAAAGUUAUAGAGAUAAGAUAAACCGCUCGGAUGGGGCCGAUGAUGUGGUAGAAUUGUCAAACUUUCAUUGCAAAAUUCAUUCGAAUCGAGAUUUAUUAAUAUUAAAUGUAUAUCGUACUUCAAUUUUGUAAAUAUUUUGGCUUCUUUUCAGUAGCCAGCAAAUCUAAUGUUUUAUGUUUUACUGAAAUUGAAUAAUAAUGGAGAUGACCAUUUCCAGGGAAGAAUUAAGAGUUUUGGAGAGGUUAUUAUAUAUCAUAUUUUAUUUUUUAAAUGAAGAAAUUCUUUUCUUCGAUUUUAUUAUAUAAAAAAAUGUUCUUGUAAUAAUUUGAUUGAUAUUAGCUUCAUAUUAUUUGAUCUUGAAUAUUUUCCAUGUGUUUACAAUUAGACUUAAAUAAAUAAUGUGUUAAAUACCCAAUUCUUUAUUUUGAGAUAAACACAAAAUCAAUGCUGGAUAUAAAAUAAAGUCGAUAUUUAAAAUUAGUUGAUAGAUAUUUGAAAAGAUAGGGUUCUUGAAUUCAACCUUUAUAAAUGAUCGUUUCCUCCUUAUUAGUUGAUUUUAGUAAAAAAGUAUCCAUCUUUAUUAGUUCUUGAAAUAAUUCUGGACCACUUAUAUAUAGUGGAUCUGCCACAUCAUUAGAAUUUUUUUCGUUUAAGAAUAUCCUCAUUAAAUUAAUAAUAAAUAAAAAAUUAUUGUGAUUAAGUAACGAUAAAGCCUAUGCCUAUUUGUAUAAAGAUUAUUUUUUAAAAAAGAUGCUCGCCGUAGAGAUUUUCUUUUUUCUUAAUUGGCGAAAUAGAAUCUAAGAAAAUUUUUCAUGUCUCAACAUUUUUACUUGGAAAAUUUGUGGUUCUAAAUAAAAAUUACGAGCUUUUUACAUUUUUGAAUCAUGAAUAAAAGAAAUAUAAUGAAGUUUUUAAUUAAAUAGUUUCAUAACUAAUUUUUUCAAGAUGUAUUGAAGUCAUCUUAAUAUCGAUGGUUUAACUUACUAAUGUUGGAAUAAACGAUGUUAUGCAGAUAAAUUUCAUUAGCUCGUAAAUUUUACUAACCUUGUUUCGUCAUUUUUUUUAUAGAUAUGCCAAAGAUAUUUGAAAGGAAGGUAAAUGCUUUUUUAAAAAAAUGAAUCGACAUAUAUAUAUGUGAGAUAGUGUGAUCUUGAAUAUUUAUAAUUUAUUGUAUAAGUUCUGUACAUGUUCUCCUAGUCUGAUAUUUUUGAUUCCACUAUUUUUUAAGGUAUUUUUAAUAUGUUACAUUUGACACAAGUUAUUUCCUUUAUGUAAGUGUACAUUAUAUACAGUCAGUUAUGUACGGUGCCAUUUCUAAUAAAGCUUGUAUAUUGUUACUUUUUGUUUUAUUUCAUAGAAUUAGUUAGAAGCAAACAUUCAGUAAACGUUUCUACUACAUUGGAGGAAU